AUGGGCAACAGCUCCUCAAGGAAGAACUAUGGCUCUUCAAUCCCUAAAGGUGACCCACUAAGGAUUGUGAUGAUCGGGAAAACUGGAGUUGGGAAGAGUGCUGUUGGUAACACCAUCAUUGGCAAAAAAGAGUUCAAAUCUCUAUCAAGCGCCUGUUCUGUGACGGAGACCUGCAGGAUAGAACGGGCCAAGGGUCGCAGACAGAUCCAUGUGAUUGACACACCUGGGAUUCUGGACACAACUAAAAGUGCAGAGAAAAUCAAGAAUGAAAUUGCCAAGUGCAUUCAGGUGUCCUCCCCCGGUCCUCACGUCUUCCUGUUGGUCAUCCAGAUUGGCAGGUUCACAAAAGAAGAAGAAAACUGCAUACAAGCUCUGGAGAAAAUCUUUGGCUCUGAGGCGUUGAGAUACAUGAUUGUUCUGUUCACACGUGGUGACGAGCUGCAGGGAAAGUCCAUCCGUGACUAUGUCCAGUCUGGCCACCCCAAACUUAGAGAGGUGAUUAACAGUUGCGGAAACAGAUACCAUGUCUUCAACAACAAGAAAAAGAGGAACAGGACACAGGUGGUAAAACUGAUCAAGAGGAUUGAUGAGCUCGUGGCAGCAAAUGGAGGACAGCACUUCAGUGAGGAGUUGUACAGAGAGGCGGAGCAGACCAUGCAGCGGGAAGGUCUACAUGGUUCAGCAGAAAGACUCAUAGAACAGCAGCCCCCCUACAACUUCGCCUUCAUGGCUGAGCUGCUUCAGAGGGUGAUUCUGUUUCAGGCUAUCCUGGCUGGAAACAGACAGGACGACAUGGACGACAUGAACAACCUGGACCCGUCCCUCGCCAGCUCCUACCUUAACACGAGGCUUGUUGAGUGAUGGCUCUCAGUUUCUGACUCCUUUUGUGUUGUUGUGAUACAGAACAACAAUCAUUUAAAAGUUAUAUUCACAAGUUUAUAUGAGACUUUGUUAAUGCAGAAAAACUAUAUUGCUAAUCAAACAUUCAACUGGUUUAUUUGUGGUCAUUUAUCAUGUCAUGAAAAUUACAAAUCAGUAAUAGUCUUUAUGGACAAUCUGCUUUAUGUCCAUUAAGUCACAGGUCUCAGU